ACACACACACACACAUUGUAAUCAAAUGCAAUUUAGUAAAUGUAAUUCAAUACUACUCUGCAACCCAGGAUGAGUUAUAUAGCAUAUGCAUGAAAAAAUAAUUAAAAGUGGUAGAGGUCACAUAUAGACACUCGAACCAAAUCCCAACCACACACACACAGAAAAAACAACAAAUAAGCAAUAUAUCCCUAGAAAAAACAGAAUCCCCUGGCAUUUAGGAGAAAUAAAAAGAAAAUUAAGCAAGUCAAUGUAAUGUAAAUAGUUGAAAGUGAUGAGCAUUACUUUACAGAUAAAAGGAACAUAUUCUAUAUGGCCUUAAACUAAUGAGUAAGGAAAACAUAUUACCUAUGAAGUUAGAACUAGUUAUCAUAGUAAACUUGAAUCAUUUUCUGCAUCAAACUGUUGUUGAACUAAAUUCAAGAAACAUCAACAUUCAACUAUAGAUGAUAACACCUAACAAUUUUAAACUUGACUACUUGGGCAUGUAAGAUAUGACAGCAUCAUUUUACACACACACAAAAAAACAUAUUCUAUAUGAUAUUAGAACUAGUAUAGGAAAAAUGAUCAUUGACUGCAUCAAACUGUUGUUGAAUUAAUUUUUCAAGAAAGAUCAACAUUCAACUAAAAGUUUUUAAAAUUCACUUCCAGGGUGGUAUAGUAUUUGGACCUUCACUUCUUGGGCAUGACGAAGUGAUUGCCAGACGGUUAUUCCCGGCAACAGGCACCCUGGUACUUGAAACUGUGGCAACAUUUGGCCUCAUGUACUUCCUUUUCUCAGUAGGAGUGAAGAUGGAUUCAAGAAUGAUGGUACGACCAGAGCGCAAGGCAAUUACCAUAGGGUGCUCAGUAAUGUUCACUACAUUGGCGUUCACUACUCCAGUAUCCCUUCUUCUAAGAAAAUAUCUCCCCAUGGAUGAUAGCCUUGCAAAAGCGCUUCCAAUGAUAGCAUCAUCACAGUUUCUAACACCUUUUGCGAACAUCGCUUGCCUACUAGCUGAACUCAAGAUUCUAAACACUGACAUUGGCCGUCUGGCCAUCUCUUCAUCCAUGUUUUGUGAUAUCGUUGGUAUUAGCAUAACAGUAGUUGGUUUAUCAAUACAAGAAACUAGAGACGGCCAAAUAAUAACAUGCAUCUGGGCAAUUUUAUCAACAUUUGCAGUGUUGUUAGGCAUUGUGUUCGUCUCCCGACCAGCAUUGAAAUGGAUUCUACGCCGUACACCAGAAGGGAAACCUGUAGGAGAGACGCAUAUCCAUUUCAUUCUCGCAGCAGUUCUUGUUGCUAGCUUAUUGAGCGAGGUUAUUGGCCAACAUUUUGUAUUCGGAGCGAUAGUUUUUGGCUUGUCUGUACCAGAUGGACCACCUUUAGGAGCCACCUUAUCGUUGAAGAUUGAUUCCCUUGCUUCAGGAUUGCUCUACCCGACCUUUCUCACCGUCAGUGGGCUGAAAACCAAUGUCUUCAAAGUUCAUCUUCGGUCUUUCUGCAUUUUGGGGCUUGUGGUUCUCUGCACUACCCUAGUCAAGAUUACAGCAGUUAUAGUGCCUGCGUACUUUCUCAACAUCCCCAUUCGAGAAGGUUUUGUGCUCGGACUCAUACUGAAUGCAAGAGGCAUUUGUGAGCUCAUCCUGUACAACUUGUGGAUGGAUGGUGAGGUGAUGCUGACUGAUCAAGAGUUCACUCUGGCUGUUAUCUCGGUGAUAGGAGUGACAUCGGUCAUAUCGCCACUUAUAGCAGCCCUCUACAAUCCAUCUAAGCAACACCUCCCGAUCAAGAGAACGACCAUCCAACAUGCCAAGCACGACACAGAGCUACGGAUACUGAUUGGCAUCCAUAACCAAGACAAUAUCCCUUCAUUGAUAAACCUGUUAGAAGCUUCCAAUGCAACUGAAGAGAGCCACAUUGCAGUCAUAGCAGUACUCCUUGUGCCGCUUGUUGGCCGGAGCACCCCCGUCCUCAUAGAGCACCAACCUGAACAAAACCUUGAACACAGUAUGGCCAGAUCCAAUCACAUAAUCAAUGCCUUGCGACAUUUUGAGCUCUACAAUGAAGGCUUUGUCACCAUCAAAUCAUUCACUUCACUCACAUAUCACCACAUUAUGUAUGACGACAUUUGCAGGGUGGCACGUGACCAAAAUGCCACCAUUGUGAUUCUGCCCUUUCAUAAGCAAUGGGCCAUUGAUGGCUCCAUUGCAUCAGCGAACCGUCACACCCGAGCCAUGAACCACAAGAUCAUGGACAUAGCACCAUUUUCAGUUGGAAUCCUCAUCGACCGGGGAGUUCUAAACAGCUCAAUGUCCAUCUUAAAUACUCAAUCAGAAUAUCAUGUGGCUGUGAUCUACAUUAGCGGUGCAGAUGACGCAGAGGCACUGUCUUAUGCUGCUCGCAUGGUGACACACGGAAAUAUCACUCUAACCAUAAUUCGCUUCCUCCUUUUCGGAUGUGAUAACGCUCGAGAACGGAAGCUUGACAAUGACUUGAUCGAGGAAGUCCGUCAUGUCAACAUAGGAAAUGAAGGUUUCUUCUAUGAAGAAGAGGUGGUGAGAAACGGGGUAGGGCUAGCUUCAUCUAUUAGACAAUUGGAAAACUGCUAUGACCUAAUUAUGGUUGGGAGGAACCAUCAGGAGUCCCCUCUUCUUAUCGGACUUGAUGCAUGGAGCGAGUGCCCAGAACUUGGUGUCGUUGGUGACUUGCUUGCUUCACCGGAUCUUGAGACCACAGCAUCGAUAUUGGUGGUGCAACAACAAAGAAUAGGGGGUAAUUUAGUCGGCCGCACCGCAAAUCCGGACAUUCAUGACAAAAAUCCCCUCAAUAGCACGCAAUACCAAAGUACAGCAAAUACAUCCGCAGGCGAAAAUAUUACAUGGACUAUUUCAAUGAAUAGAGUAUAGAAUUUGUACUGAAACUAGAGUUAGUUCAUAAGCAACAUUUUGUUUUCAUUUUUUGUCCCCAACUCCCCCUAAAUCUUUGUUCCCCGUGUCCCCUUUAUUUAAGAAAUCUUGU